GAUCUCCUCUUUCUGAGUCCAGCUGUGCUUCUCUCCUGCUGCUCCCUCUCAUAGCGCAGCGCUGCUCGAUCACUCAGGCUGUGCAAUGGAGAGAUGGACGAUGCUGGCCGUGUCCGUGCUGCUGUGCUGCAGCUGCACUGUGGUUACUGCCAUCCAGAGGGCUGACAUGUUUCCUUACGGCACUUUAAAUGGAGAUUCGGUGUUGAGAGAAGGCGACGAUGAGACGUCCAAAGUGCUGUCCCUGCCCAGACCCUUGUACUUCUACAACUCCCCUUUCUCCCAGCUAUACGUGGCCACCAAUGGCAUCAUAUCAGCCCAGGACUUGCCAAUGGAGAAGCAAUACGUUGAUGAUGGAUUCCCCACAGACUUCCCUGCGGUGGCUCCAUUCCUGGCUGACAUUGACACAAGCGGAGGGCGAGGACAGAUUUACUACAGGGUGACUGAAACACCCAGUGUGCUCAACAGAGUCGCACAGGAAGUACAGCGGGGGUUCCCAGAUGCAAAGUUCACACCCACACAUGCUGUAGUUGCAACGUGGGAAAAUGUCCCGGCAUAUGAAGAACAAACUCGACCCCCUAGCCCCCCAAACAAGAUCAAUACGUUCCAGGCUGUUAUUGGUUAUGAUGAGACAGACUCAUAUGUCCUCUUCCUCUACCCUGAAGGCGGUCUGAACUUCUUUGGCACACUGCCUAAGGAGUCAUAUAAUGUUGAGAUAGAGCUUCCAGCAAGAGUUGGCUUCAGCAGAGGAGAAAUUCCAUAUUUAAUAUUUUCCCGAACUGAAGGCCCUUACUACAGUGUCACCAGUAAUGAGCAGAGUGUUAAAAACCUCUACCAGUUUGGUAACAGUGGAAUUCCAGGCCUUUGGCUUUUCCACACUGGAAAUCGUUAUUCCUUUGACAACAUUGUACCUGCAUCCAUUAGAGGUCCUGUUUCUACUCCACCAACUGUAGGAUAUGACUCCCAUGUGGGCACCACCACCCCAGACUAUGAUGAAUUUGAAGAGUAUGUGGAGAAUACGUUCGACCCUAAUACCCAAGAAAGAGAAGAUGAUUAUCCUUUAACAGGGAGGAACCCUGAAUUCCAGCCUGCACCUGCUGAUGGUGACCGAUCAAGUUUCCUUCUACGGCAAAGCCAUUAUGGGAGCGACAAUAUACCAUUGACCUCUGAACCUGUGUAUGGUUUAGAGCCACCAGAAAGGCAGUACGCUUCCCCUAAUCCUCCACAGACAGUCGCAGAGGGAGGUGCUCAGCAGCCCCAGGAACAGCAACCACAGCUGCCUCUGGAAGUGGUGAAUGUGCACACCCCACAUAGAAAUGCUCCGCCUCUUUCCCCUGGAGCACAUGUGGUCAGUGUGGAUGAAGAACAGGUUAAUUUUGACACAGGAGUGAUUCAAUAUACUACAGAGAAUAAGGAAACAUGUGCCAGAUUCCUGCAGCAGUGCUCCCAGAAUGCAUUUUGCACUGACUAUGCCACAGGCUUCUGCUGUCACUGCCAACCAGGCUUCUAUGGAAAUGGACGCCAGUGUCUGCCUGAUGGUGCCCCCCAGCGUGUUAGCGGUAAGGUGAGCGGCACUGUGUAUGUGGGAUCGACUCCAGUAUCGCUGAACAACAUUGAUCUCCAUGCCUACAUCGUGGUGGGAGACGGGAGGGCGUAUACUGCCAUCAGCGAGGUACCAGAACCAGUGGGCUGGGCACUGAUGCCAGUUGCACCCAUUGGAGAGCUAUUUGGAUGGCUGUUUGCUUUGGAACUGCAGAAUAGCCAAGCAGGAUUCAAACUGACAGGUGCUGAGUUCAGUCGUCACGCAGAGGUUGUAUUUUACCCUGGCAACCAGCGCUUCUCAAUUAUUCAGACGGGCCGUGGCCUCGAUGACCAAAACCACCUAACCGUGGAUACUGUAAUCAGCGGCAGUGUGCCCUUCCUUCCUCCUGGUGCUGAAGUUACCAUGGAGCCCUUCAAAGAGACUUAUCAGUAUUACCCCUCAGUUGCAACCUCCACCUCUAUUAGAGAGUAUUCAGUGGUUACAGCAGACCGAGGGUCCGAGUCCUUCUCUUUCCAGCUGAAACAGAAUAUCACCUACCGUGACUGCCCACACAACAACCAAGCUGCCACCCCGGAGACUUUGCAGAUCCUUAUGGAGAGGGUGUUUGUCAUGUUCGUGAAGGAGGAGCGGAUCCUGAGAUACGCCAUCACCAACAAGAUCAGCCCAGUUAGAGCUCCAGGCCCUGAGCUGUACAACCCUUGCUAUGCCGGGACCCAUGACUGCGACACCACAGCCCAGUGCAUCCCGUUAGAGGACCUGGCUUUCCAGUGCCAGUGCGCUACUGGUUAUACAGGAGAUGGGCACAACUGUUACGACAUAGAUGAGUGCGCUGAGGGUUCGGGCACAUGUGGGGAUAAUUCUGAGUGUGUGAACCUGCCUGGGAGUCACCGCUGUCACUGCCAGACGGGCUACGAAUUUAGCUACGAUGGGCGUACCUGUGUUGAUCAACCGGAGCGUCUUAAAACUCACUGUGAGCACCACAGAGACAGCGUAAAGACCACCAGUGCUGAUGGAUAUCCUAUAGUUGGAGUCUACAAACCACAGUGUGAUGCAGAAGGACAGUAUCUACCUCAGCAGUGCCAUGGCUCCACUGGCUAUUGUUGGUGUGUGGACAGUAGAGGAGAGGAGAGAGCAGGAACCAGGACUCCACCUGGUGCACCACCUGUAGACUGUGACAGACCAGUUCAACCAGAGCGUGCUAAAACUCACUGUGAGCACCACAGAGACAGUGUAAAGACCACCAGUGAUGAUGAAUAUCCUAUAGUCUACAAACCACAGUGUGAUGCAGAAGGACAGUAUUUGCCUCAGCAGUGCCAUGGCUCCACUGGCUAUUGUUGGUGUGUGGACAGUAGAGGAGAGGAGAGAGCAGGAACCAGGACUCCACCUGGUGCACCACCUGUAGACUGUGACAGACCAGAUCAACCAGAGCCUGUUAAAACUCACUGUGAGCACCACAGAGACAGCGUAAAGACGACCAGCGCUGAUGGAUAUCCUAUAGCUGGAGUCUAUGUACCACAGUGUGAUGCAAAAGGACAGUAUCUACCUCAGCAGUGCCAUGGCUCCACUGGCUAUUGUUGGUGUGUGGACAGUAGAGGAGAGGAGAGAGCAGGAACCAGGACUCCACCUGGUGCACCACCUGUAGACUGUGACAGACCAGAUCAACCAGAGCGUCUUAAAACUUACUGUGAGCACCACAGAGACAGCGUGAAGGCCACCAGUCCAGACGGAAAUCCUAUAGCUGGAGUCUAUGUACCACAGUGUGAUGCAGAAGGACAGUAUCUACCUCAGCAGUGCCAUGGCUCCACUGGCUAUUGUUGGUGUGUGGACAGUAGAGGAGAGGAGAGAGCAGGAACCAGGACUCCACCUGGUGCACCACCUGUAGACUGUGACAGACCAGUUCAACCAGAGCGUGCUAAAACUCACUGUGAGCACCACAGAGACAGCGUAAAGACCACCAGUCCUGAUGGAUAUCCUAUAACUGGAGUCUACAAACCACAGUGUGAUGCAGAAGGACAGUAUCUACCUCAGCAGUGCCAUGGCUCCACUGGCUAUUGUUGGUGUGUGGACAGUAGAGGAGAGGAGAGAGCAGGAACCAGGACUCCACCUGGUGCACCACCUGUAGACUGUGACAGACCAGAUCAACCAGAACGUGCUAAAACUCACUGUGAGCACCACAGAGACAGCGUAAAGACCACCAGCGCUGAUGGAUAUCCUAUAGUUGGAGUCUACAAACCACAGUGUGAUGCAAAAGGACAGUAUCUACCUCAGCAGUGCCAUGGCUCCACUGGCUAUUGUUGGUGUGUGGACAGUAGAGGAGAGGAGAGAGCAGGAACCAGGACUCCACCUGGUGCACCACCUGUAGACUGUGACAGACCAGUUCAACCAGAGCGUGCUAAAACUCACUGUGAGCACCACAGAGACAGCGUAAAGACCACCGGUGCUGAUGGAUAUCCUAUAACUGGAGUCUACAAACCACAGUGUGAUGCAGAAGGACAGUAUCUACCUCAGCAGUGCCAUGGCUCCACUGGCUAUUGUUGGUGUGUGGACAGUAGAGGAGAGGAGAGAGCAGGAACCAGGACUCCACCUGGUGCACCACCUGUAGACUGUGACAGACCAGUUGCAGUGACUCCAACAGAACGCCCUGAGAGCAUGUGUGAGCGAUGGAGAGCCAGUUUGAUUGAACACUAUGGUGGAAAACCUGGCCCACAGCAGUAUGUACCUCAGUGUGAGCCAGAUGGAGAGUUCAGUCCAGUCCAGUGUUACGGGGAGACCAACUACUGUUGGUGUGUGGACCAGAAUGGACACAUGGUUCCCGGAACCAAAUCAGAUGAUGCUGUCAAACCUGCAUGCAUCUCGUCAGUGGCACCGCCUACCGUGCGUCCAACAUCCCGUCCAGAUGUCACCCCUCCCACAAACACUGACAUCACACUGCUGUAUGCUCAGGGACAGAAAAUAGGAGCGCUGCCUCUCAACGGGACCAGACUAGACGAAAGUCGGUCCAAAACCCUAUUGGCUCUCCAUGGUUCCAUAGUUGUUGGUAUAGCCUAUGACUGCAAAGAAAACCAAGUCUACUGGACAGAUUUGUCUGCGAGAUCAAUCAACAGAGCUUCAAUGGUGUCUGGUGCUGAGCCUGAGGUUCUCAUUAACACAAAUCUCGUCAGUCCAGAAGGUUUGGCAGUGGAUGUCAAACGCCGGCUGAUGUUCUGGGUGGACUCUACUCCUGAUGUGAUUGAAAGAGCCAACUUGGACGGCAGUGGGAGGAGGACCCUGUUUGACACAGACUUGGUCAACCCCCGUGCCAUCAUAGUGGUUUCCUCCACCGGUACUCUGUAUUGGACAGACUGGAACAGAGAGGCCCCUAAGAUCGAGAGCUCAUCAGUGGAUGGUCAAAACCGCCGGGUAAUAGUGUCUGAUGGGAUUGGUUUGCCAAAUGCUCUAACAUAUGACUCUGCUUCUGAACAGAUCUGCUGGGCUGAUGCAGGUACAAAGCGUUUAGAGUGUAUAUCUUCAGAUGGUUCAGGUCGAAGAGUAAUCCACACCAACCUCAACUACCCAUUCAGCAUGGUCUACUACAGGAACCACUUCUAUUACACUGACUGGCGGAGGGAUGGCGUGAUUGCAGUGAAUAAAGACAGAAGUCUGUUCACUGAUGAGUACUUGCCUGAGCAGCGCUCUCAUUUGUAUGGCAUCACCGUAGCAACGACCCACUGCCUACCAGGGAGCCACUAACGACGGCCUGCACCCGCAGUGCGCUUUGGUGCUAAAGUUCUGAGGUGAUUCAUGGACAUAGGGCAGGUCCAGGCCCUCUGGUGUCCCUCUGGAAAAAGGACACUCAGCAGGGAGCAAAGAUGGCUUCCGACAGCCAGAUCAGCAAUCAGAGCAAAUUUACACCCACUCCAACCCCAGUAUCUCACCGUAAUGUAACCCAAAGUAAAUGAUUUGUAAAUUUGUUUUAUACCUCAGUUUUAGUUUUUUUCUACUGUAUUUUUGUAUUGCUUGAGAUUUUUGUUUUUCUGUUGAAUAAAGGUGCAGAACAAUGAAAUCAGAUGUUAAAAUGCAUGGUUGUAGUUUUUGGGGGCUUCCUUGUACUUUAAAGCCAAAGAAGAAUAAUUUGAAGCUUUUCCUUUUGGGAAACCUAACAUCAAGCUGUUGUUUUUUUUUUUUAAUAUAUCAACAAAUAACAUUGGCCAUUAAGUUGAGAAGUUACAGUUGCACUCAUAGUGGUCUCUGGUUAACAAGAACAACUGCAUAUUAAAGGUGCAGUCUGGCUUUUUGGGAAUAACACUGCACUCACAUCCAUGAGCUAAAUACACAGACUAAGAAAAACUGGAUAUACGAUAUAUGGAAAAAAGUCCUUGCCACACAUUACACCUAAAGAAGUUGCUCGACCAUGGAAGCCCAUGCCAUGAAAUUCCUAGCACACAGCUUUUUGUGUUGAUGUUAAUGACAGAGGAUUUGAAACUCGGUGGUUACUGAGUCAGCGGACGUUGGCGACUUUUGCGCACUACGUGUCGCAGCACUUUACGUGGUUUGAUUAUGUGUCCAAAUUGCAAUAAAACAACACUUAUGUCUUUUAGUCUUUGUUACACUGAAGCUAGUUUUGCCCAUAAAAUGCUAGCAUUAUGCUAAUGCCUGUUAAAGAUUUACAUCAGAAAACGCUUGAUUGAUGUUAGACUUUAGGUAGACUUCAGAAGUUGUUUGUUGGUGACUGUUAUUAAGAGACAUUGUCUGGCUACUGCUCCACUGAGCCCCUUUCAUUCUGGACUGUCUUGUAAACAGUCUGUUAGAAAUAACAGUUAAAAGAAUAAGAGCUCUGAGACGUUAAACUUGCAGCGUGCAAAGUCCUAGUUUCUCAGUUGGAUUUACACCAUGCUAUCAUACACCUUGGCAUUUCCACUCAGUGGGUAAAGUCAUAGUGGCUACGUUCUUCUUUUAUAUACAGUCUAUGCUUAAAGAUAAAGCCACAGUCAGGAGAAGACUAGUUUACCAUCACUGAACGAGUGGAAGCAGGGAUAAAAUACAGCACCUAACACUAAAGAUUAAAGAUGACUUGAUUCUUUUAUAUCAGCAAAAGUAAAAUGUAAGAGCAUCUAUUAGUUUAAAGAAAGUUUAGCUACUCUUUCUUGACAGGUAGCCACGCUAGGAGCAUAUAUAGCACACAGCUAUACAUCUUUUUCCCCCCAAAUGUAUUGAUACCUGCCAAGGAAUCAUGAUACUUGUAACCCUUGUCACUGAUACUGUUGUAUGCCUACCAGUUUUUGUAAUCAGAUUACUGUAAUCGGAGUAUGUUUCUCCAGCCCCCCCCCAUCCAAUUAGCCCUACUAUACAUAUCUGCACUACUAAUUGUAUUUCACACAAAUGACAUCUUUUAGCAAAUACUUUUUCUUCUUCUACUUUAAUUUUUUUUUAUAAGGUGUGAUAUUUAUAAAAUAAAAUGUGACUGGGUACUUCAGACACUUUCUGAACGUUUGUCUUUUCUUUUGCUUUAUUGUGAAAAAAAAAGAAUUGUCAAAGAUUCACCACAAAAGAAGCGCAGGAGUCAAACUGUGUGCAGCUGGAUUUAUAGAUUUUCCCCUCACACCUCAAAAUAACAAUUUCUGUUCAUCUGCAAAAAAUAUUUCAUCAGAAACACCAGAAACAAAUAUAACAGUCAGUUUGAAUAUUGCAGAAGAAAAGAUGCUGCUUGAGAAGCUUUAAACUUUGUUACUGGAUAAUUAAUGGAAAACAUUUUUAUUUAUUUAUCA